UCCACCAAAGAAUAACAAGUGGACGAAGGACUGCCGAAGUGUACAGAAGAUAAACAUAAUAUGUUAAUCUUGAAGAUCAAUGGGGGCCGGCUCAAAGUAACAUGUAUUAACUCGUUUUUUUUGUUUUAGGGUUUCUGACAUUUGACUGAGUUAUCUUUCAUUCAGAACAAUUACAGAACCCCCAACGGCCCAACCCCAGAAACACUGCUUUGCUUCACUCAAAUCCUCCUCCGCAGUCCGCCCACUCCCCCACCACCAACAAUGCACAUCCCCCCGCAUCUCCGGCGUCUCCUCCACCUCCGCCACUUCUCCUCUUCACCAUUUCUCUCUCCUCCACCUUCUCUCACCUCCCUUCAACCCCAUUUCUCAUCUCCCUCACUAACCCCCCACCACCACAACCACCAUCUUCCUUCUCUCUUCCCUUUCCCCCUCAGAUCCUUCUCCUCUGAACCCUCCCACAACAAUGACGAAAUUGCCCUUUCUCUCUCCUCUGAACUCCUUAAACCCUCUCAACAACCCGACUCUCUUUCCCUCUCUCAACGCCUUGACCUCUCUUUCUCCCACAUUACUCUCUCUUCUCACUUGAUUCUUCAGAUUCUCAACAAUUCUCCUGAUGCUGGUCGCUCUGCUUUCGAUUUCUUCAAAUGGGUUUCUUCCAAAUCCGAUCAUUUUCAGCUCACUGAUGAGGUAUUCUCUUAUUUUGUUGAUUAUUUCGGUCGAAGGAAGGAUUUUAAGAUUAUUCAUGAUGUUCUUGUUGAUGGGAAUGGUGUUGUUAGAGCUAAAACAUUCGCUGCGUCGAUCGACCGUCUUGUUCGGGCCGGUCGAGCGACGCAGGCGGUGUCGUUUUUCGAUAGAAUGGAAAAUGAAUAUGGAAUUUCUAGGGAUAGGCAAUCGUUAGAGUAUAUUGUUACUAAGCUUUGUGAUCAUGGGUAUGCUAGUUAUGCUGAGAAAAUGGUUAAGAAUCUUGCUAAUGAGUUUUUCCCUAAUGAGUAUGUGUGUGAUGUGUUGAUUAAAGGGUGGUGUGUUGAUGGGAAACUUGAGGAGGCUAGGAGGUUAGCUAGGGAGAUGUAUAGGGGCGGAUUUGAGAUUGGUACGGUGGCGUAUAAUGCAAUCCUUGAUUGUGUUUGUAAGCUUUGUAGGGAGAAGGAUCCUUCUAGGGUUCAGUCUGAGGCUGAUAGCAUUUUGGUUGACAUGGAUGCGGCUGGUGUGCCCCGUAACACUGAGACUUUUAAUGUGUUGAUGUCGAAUUUGUGUAAAAUCCGUAAUACAGAGGAUGCUAUGAUGUUGUUUCAUAGGAUGGGUGAGUGGGGGUGUCAUCCUGAUGCAAAGACGUUUCUUAUCCUCACUAGGAGUUUGUAUCAGGCUGCGAGGGUUGGGGAGGGAGACGAGAUGAUUGAUAGGAUGAAAUCGGCAGGGUAUGGUGAUGCUCUUGAUAAGAAGGCUUACUAUGGGUUUUUGAAGAUCCUUUGUGGAAUAGAGAGGAUUGAUCCUGCUUUAAAUGUCUUUUCUAAGAUGAAAGUGGAUGGGUGUAAACCAGGGGUCCAGACUUAUGACCUAUUGAUUGAAAAGUUGUAUGCUCAUAAUCAUGCUGAAAAAGCUAAGGCUCUUUUCAAUGAAGCUGUUCGUAAUGGAGUUCCAAUUGAGCCUAAGGUUUACAAGGUGGAUCCCAGAUUUGAAAAGAAGCCAAAGGUUAUCAAAAAAGGGAAGAAGCGUUUGACAUUGCCUCAGAAGAUGGCAUUGAAAAGGAAAAACCUCAGGAAGCUUCAUUUGAGCUACGUAAAGAAGCCAAAAAAUAUGAUGCGGCGAACAUAUUAAUCUAGUUUUUGUUCAGCUGCUUUAUGGCUGGAGUAUACAUGGUACUGCAUCUCAUUGGCCUUUCCCUCUCAACUUAUGUUACCCUUGCUAUGGAGUAAUCACUUCAUAAAAAAUCUUUGUAAUAAGAAUGGUGUGAACAUACUGAAGGUCAAAAGGUGUUUCAUUUGUUGUCUUGUUGGUCAACAACGCGAUAAGGAGGUGAUGCCUUCUCUACAGCCAUCAACACUCCUAUCCGACGCAUCUGGCUCAUAGUUAAGUAUGAUAAAGCAUCAACUAAUCUUUUUAUUUAGGGCAGCUUGGUUUUAGAUAAUUGCAAUUAGGUUAUUCUCUAAAGGCCCUUUGCUAAGAGGUACAAAUUUUGCUUGCAUAUCUGCAAUGUCUCACAUUCUUUUUCUUUGAGUAUGUUGAAGCUCUCAUGAACAAAUAACAGUUGGUUUUUCUGCUGUGUAUCAAACAAGGUAGGGGUUCAACGCUGUCUUGCUAUGAUGCUUUGUAACUCACUUUUCUUUUGAACUAGUUGUGGGAGUGCGCUACCCCCUCCCCCAAUUUGGCCAAAUUAAUUUCUAGGAAUUUAAUUGCGGUUG